AAUUCAAAGGUUUAAAAGUUAACCGACUCACUGAACCAACCCUUAUUUCCCUCGAAAAGCGGCGCCCAUACAUCUUUAGCUCAAAUCGAUAGAAAUUAUGUCUAGAAUAUGUGUGAAAAAUCUGCCAAAGCAUGUGGCCGAAGAGCGUUUAAGAGAUUUCUUUUCUCAGAAAGGAGAAAUUACCGACGUCAAGCUUAUGCGAACCAGAGAUGGAAAGAAUAGACAAUUUGCAUUUAUUGGGUACCGUACGGAACAAGAAGCUGAGGAAGCUGUCAAGUACUUUAACAAGUCUUAUCUCGAUACUUCUAGAAUCAUAUGCGAGAUUGCACGGAAAGUAGGGGACCCUAGUACUCCUCAUCCAUGGAGUCGGUAUUCUAGGAAGGAACCGGAUAAUUUGACUGAAACUGGAAAAAACAAAGCUGGGACUAAAAGUUCUGUGAAAAAAGAUCUUGAAAGCGGGGAGAGUGAUGACCCGCAGCUUCAGGAGUUCCUUCAGCUUAUGCAGCCGAGGGUUAAGUCUAAAAUGUGGGCAAAUGACAUUGUUCUUGAUACCCCGGUAAAUCAGAAUGGCAAAGCUACUGACAAAAAAGGUGUAGCUGAGAAGGAAGGCGGAAAGACAUCAACUCCAGUUUAUGCUGAAUCAGAUGAAACCACCAUAGCGUCAGAUGAAAAUGAAACCAAAGCAUCAGACAAUGUUGCUCAUAAUGAGGUCAUUUCGGAUAUGGAUUAUUUCAAGAGUAGAGUAAAAAAGGAUUGGUCAGAUUCAGAUAGCAGUGACAAUGAGGAAGAUGGUGAUGAUGAUCAAAAGAGAAAGCAGAAUUCGGUAUCUGAGAAUGUUAACCAGGAUCAGAUUCAACAGGGUUCAUCCAAAGAUCUUGAUGGUGAAAUACUUGAUUCAGACAACCCAUCUUCAGGUGUCAAAGAUGAUAGAGAUGAAGUCCUUGAGAGUGGUCGACUUUUUCUUCGUAACCUGCCAUAUACAGCAACUGAAGAUGAGUUGACGGAACUCUUUAGCAAAUUUGGUGAUGUCUCACAAGUACAUCUUGUUAUUGAUAAAGACACUAAGCGUUCCAAGGGAAUUGCAUACGUUCUUUACGAGGUUCCAGAAUGUGCGGUCAGGGCUUUAGAAGAAGUUGACAGAUCAAUUUUUCAGGGCAGAUUAUUGCACGUUAUGCCAGCAAAACUUAAAAAGCCAGCAGACAAACAAGAGAUUGAUGAUUCAGCUAACCAAGGUUCAAAGAGUUUCAAGCAAAAGAGGGAGGAACAGAGGAAGGCAUCAGAAGCUAGCGGGGACACAAGAGCAUGGAACAGUCUUUUCAUGCGCCCUGAUACAGUUGUUGAAAACAUUGCUAGGAAAUUUGGUGUGAGUAAGAGCGAGUUGCUUGAUCGAGAAGCAGAUGAUCUAGCUGUCCGUAUUGCUUUAGGGGAAACUCAAGUGAUUUCAGAGACUAAGAAAGCCCUUACAAAUGCUGGAGUAAAUAUAUCUUCUUUGGAGGAAAUAGCUGCUGGUAAAACAGAUGGUAUAAAAAGGAGUAAUCAUGUUUUGUUAGUCAAGAACUUGCCGUAUGGUUCGUCGGAAGGUGAACUAGCUAAGAUGUUUGGAAAAUUUGGGAGUUUAGACAAGAUCAUACUUCCCCCAACAAAAACUCUGGCCCUGGUUGCUUUCCUAGAACCAGGAGAAGCUCGUGCAGCAUUUAAGGGUUUAGCAUAUAAGCGUUAUAAGGAUGCUCCUUUAUACUUGGAGUGGGCUCCUGACAGUGUUCUUAAUAAGAUUUCAGCGACCAAGGGCGACAAAAAGAAUGUUGCAGCUGUUGGUGAACAUGAUGUUAAGAGAGCAAUUUUGGAGCAACAUGUGGAAGCCAUAUCAGAUGCAGAUAUUGAUCCUGACAGAAUUGAGUCACGAUCUCUAUUUGUCAAGAACCUUAAUUUCAAGACUACUGAAGAGAGCUUGAAGAAUCAUUUCACUGAACUUGUAAAGGAAGGAAGAAUAAAGAGCAUCAGGGUAAAAAAGCACUUGAAGAAUGGAAAGCAAGUCUCAAUGGGUUAUGGUUUUAUCGAGUUCGAUUCAGUAGAGACUGCAACAAAUGUUUGCAGAGAUUUGCAGGGAACUAUUUUGGAUGGGCAUGCUCUUAUCUUGCAACUUUGCCAUGCCAAAAAAGAAGAACAAGCAGUUGAAAAUGUUGAGAAGGAUAAAAGUUCAACAAAGUUGCUUGUAAGGAAUGUAGCUUUCGAAGCAACAGAAAAAGAUUUGAGACAGUUAUUUAGCCCAUUUGGCCAGAUCAAGAGCCUGAGAUUACCAAUGAAAUUCGGAAACCAUAGAGGGUUUGCGUUCGUGGAGUUUGUUACGAAGCAAGAGGCCCAAAAUGCACUUCAAGCACUUUCAAGCACCCAUCUUUACGGUCGUCAUCUAGUGCUGGAAAGAGCAAAAGAAGGCGAGAGUUUAGAAGAGCUGCGUGCCAGAACUGCUGCUCAAUUCACCAAUGAAGAAAAUGGGUAUCAAAAUCCAACUACAUUGUCAAAGAAGAGGAAGAACAUGGAUACCCUCGACAACAGCGGAAAGAAGUUCGGAAAGAUCUCAGAUUAACACUUAUUUGUGUUAGAAGCUACAAGGUUGCAUCAGUUUUGUAGGCCUCUUUUGCUUUUAUUUAUGUUUUCCUUAUAUAAUUUGAAUGAGAAUGAGCAAAGUGUAAAAUAUAUAAUUCAUAGUUACUUCUUUGUGAUGUAAAUUUAAGAAUCCUUU